UCUUUCAACAUGAGAGCCUCUUUUCUGAUCAGCCGUAGAAAGCCGUGGAGGGGGCAGCUGCUUCUCAUGGCCAGGAGCAAGGCACUCCCCCUGCUGCUGAAGCUCUACAGAAGGACCCCCAUCUUCAGACCGCGACACUUGCAAAGAAGGAUUCCGAUCUGCAGCCGGGGCCCUGACGGCGUUGGUAGGACCAAUCCCCCCACCGACGACAUCGCCCUUUCUUGUCGCAUAUCCAAAAGUAUUUCGCUCGGAGGGCUUGUGCAGUUGGAUGUGUCAGGGGAGGACGAAGAGGAGUUCGUGGAGGAUGAGGACAUCCUGCAAGACCUGCAGGACCUGCGCCGGCAGGGCAACUUAGAGCUGGCUCUAAUGGCCGGCGAGCAACUGGAGAUGGAUUCCGAGGAAGACGGGGAGCUCGACGACUACGACGACUACUGGGACAGGGAAGGCUACAUGCAGUACGUGGCGUUCGCGGAGUGCGGGGGGAGGACGAUCGACUGCAGGAGUGGGUCGAGAGGGAUCUCGGGACUGAAGACACCCAUGGCACUAUGAAGGCCCUGCGGCUGGAUUCCGAUGGCCUAGGCUCUUCCACAAAGCGAGGCAACGUCGCCGUCUAAGCCAUAAAGCCGUGAAGCCGUGAAGCGCGGCAACGCCGCACGGCCAACAAUAGACACUCUCGUUUGGCGCCAACAUGAACGACAACAAUGUAAAACACUAGAGCACUCUGCUGAGAGGGCACGUCAAGUGCAGAGAGAGUCCGAACCCGGAGCGGAGAAGGGAGGAGGGGCGGCGGAGAGUGUGCACAAAAACAUUUGCCGGCUGCUUAGUUUUUUUGCCGGUGCAAAAAGUCGACAGCGAGUGAACGCCGAAAGCUCACACUCUCCCUGCGAUUUAGUUUCGCAUUCUCAUUCGCAUUCAGAUUCAGAUUCCGAUUUCGACCCUUUCACCCUCCCCCUAGCACUCCGGUACCCCACCAGCGUCAUCACCAUCGAUAAGUCACACACGGCGUAUACAUAAUCCAAAUAAACAGCGAACUUCAAAUA